GUCAUCAACCGGCGCCUGCGCUGACGUGUUCAGGAAGUGUAAACAACAAUCCUGCACGGAAGCUGCAACAUGCAUCGAGAAUUAUAGCAUUUCGUUGCCAAUAAUAAAGCUGUUGUAUAGUAUCGGUCAUGGAGAACUGGAGCCUUGUGUCCAUUUGUGUUUUGUUCGGUCUUACGGCAAGAUGGGCUGUAUCCUUGAACUCUUAUUCAGGGGCAGGCAAACCACCCAUGUUCGGGGACUACGAAGCUCAAAGGCACUGGCAAGAAGUGACAUACAAUCUGCCUGUUCAUGAAUGGUACUUCAACACUACAGACAACAACCUAAACUACUGGGGUUUGGACUAUCCCCCUCUCACAGCCUACCACAGCCUGCUCUGUGCACAUGUGGCCAAGCUGAUAAACCCAGACUGGGUGGAGUUGCAUGCGUCUCGAGGUCAUGAAAGCUAUGGACAUAAGUUGUUUAUGAGAGCCACAGUUCUUGUUGCAGAUCUGCUGAUAUACAUUCCUGCUGUUGUUCUUUACAGUUUUUACCUCAGUGAAGGAUCAAACAAAAAGAAGGUCUGCACAGUCCUCUGUAUCCUGCUCUAUCCAGGCCUUAUUCUAAUCGACUACGGGCAUUUCCAAUAUAACAGUAUAAGCCUGGGGCUGGCCCUAUGGGGUGUGGUGGUUCUGGGUCUGGGCUGGGACGUGCUGGGCUCUCUGGCCUUCGUCCUGUCCCUCAACUACAAACAGAUGGAGCUCUACCACUCCCUACCCUUCUUCUGCUACUUACUGGGCAAGUGUUUCAAGCAGGGCCUGGCAGGCCGAGGGCUGUUCCUGCUAGUCAAGAUCGCUGUAACAGUCCUGGUGACCUUUGCCCUCUGCUGGCUGCCCUUCCUGUCUGACCCUGGCCAGAUCCUGCAGGUGGUGCACCGCCUUUUCCCUGUGGGGCGAGGCCUAUUCGAGGAUAAAGUGGCCAACACGUGGUGCAGCUUGAAUGUCCUGAUAAAGAUCAAGACCAUCCUGUCCACUGAUACCCAGCUCUACUUCAGGUAAUCCCCCUCUCACU